AUGAGCGGACCCGUCUUCCUGGGACUCAACGUGCCAUGGAACCGCUUCGGCUACGACAUUGGUGGUGGGGAAUGGGAUGCUGGCUGGUUCGACAAUGUGUUCAGCCUUGCGUCAAACGCAUCGGCCAAUGCCGUCCGUGUCUUCCUCCACGCCGACGCUCGGGCGACUCCGUCCUACGAUAACGCAACGCACCAAGUGACUGGCUUGCCGGGAGCUUUCCUCCCUGAGCUGUUGGAGCUGGUCGUGCUGGCGCGGUCCCACCGGCUGGUUCUGCAGCUCGUACUCUGGUCAUUCGACUUGUGCAAGCGCUCCUUCGGCGCAGAUCUGAUCAGCAACUCGACCCUGGUCGAGGGCUACAUUGCCCGCGCUCUCGAGCCAAUGCUUGCCGCGCUGGCUGGCGCGCCAGGUGGCAGUGACCACGUCGUGUUGGAGCUGAUCAACGAGCCCGAGUGGUGUGUUGUCGACUCCUGCACGACCGAGUGGUGCAUCCCGCUUGCGGCCAUGCAGCGCUUUGUCGGGCUGCUGGCGGCGGGCGUGCACGCUGCCUCCCCGCUGCCAGUCACUGUCGGCUCUGCUUCGCUAAAGUGGAGUGGCUCAGACAACAGCUCGGCAGAGGGCAACUGGUGGUCGGACAGAGCUCUGUUUGAUGCGGCGGCCGGCGGUAAGGACCCUCCGGCACUCGCGCGUCUCGACCUGGUCAAUGUUCACUUGUGGGAAUGGAUGGUGGAUCCUGUGUGGGGCUACGACCCCUGCCGGGCGCCAGCUGCCUACUGGGGCGCCGAGAAGCCAAUCGUGGUGGCUGAGAUGCCAGACUCGCUCGCUAACCGCUCCGCAGAUGGCCUCCUCGGCUGCGCAGUUGGCCAAGGCUUCCGCGGCGGCUUGUUUUGGGCUGUGAAUGACCCGGCGCACCCGCUCCGCGACGCCUACCAAGCGCUCCAUCUGCGAGUAGCUAAGGACAACUCGUUCGAGAGUCUCGUGGCUUGGUUACAUCGCUUGCCCACGGGCAAUGCCGAGCCCACGCUACCCCCACCGCAUGAAUCGGCAACGGCGCGGGCUGCUGCAGAGAAAACAGGGAUUCAGGCGGCGUUCUUCGCAGUGGCGAUCGCCCUCGCUACCGCCCUGAUGCGGAUGCGCCGUCAAAACUUCUCACUGACGAGUCGAUAUCGACGCCUGGCCCUAGUCAGCCCAAUUCGGCGGGCGCACCGCACACGACAGUGGAACUCGGAAGCUCCGAUGCGUGAAGUGAAUUUUAUCUUUUGA